AUGUCGGAACAUGUCCAUGUCGAUUAUCAACAACUCAACGAUAACCUCCAAAGAUUUUUUGAAGCGCAUCCACAGGUCGAUCACGUUGUUGGAGCUGAAGCUUAUGCGCUUCUUCAACAGUGUCAAAAUGGUCUUAUUCAAUAUGCAACGGAUUUACAGGAGGUAGAAGCGGAGGCUGAGAGGGCAAGAAGGAUGUUUGAACGAGAUCUUACUGCUGCCCGAGCUCAACGAACUGCUGUUGAGGUUGUGGCCCCUGACGAAGAACCUAUUGGAAACAAUGCUCCACCUGUACCCCCAGCACCACCAGUUACAGGUACCACCUAUCGGUCGGAGAAACUCCCAGACCCCGACGUGUUCAGAGGGGAUCGUGAUCGAGAAAGGUUACAUUUAUUCAAACAACAAAUGAAAAUUAAACUACUAGGAAACAUCGAUCGCUAUCCCACACUACAGUCUAAACUAUCAUAUGCGUUCAGCAGAUUGGAAGGCGCUGCUGCCAAUCAGUUCUUACAGUACAUGGGAGAAGAAGGUAUUGCCUUACCUUCUAUGACAUGGUUUUAUGAUAUUCUGGAUACAGCUUUUGGAGACCCCGAUCGAAUGCGUACAGUUAGAAGAAAUCUUCGGAACAUCAGACAACGUACUCGAACCUUUGCCGAUUAUUUCGCUGAGUUUCAACGGUAUGCUGCCGAGUCGGGUAUGGAUGAAGUCUCUCGGAUUGAGGCUUUGAUGGAAGGAAUUAAUGGGGAACUGGACGAAUCGAUGAUACACCAUGAGACUCCUGCAAUGGUAGAUGGUUGUGCAACACUCUUGCAACGAUUGGAUAACCGACGACGGGCGGCGGAAGCUAAGCGAGGUAGUAAAAAACCUUGGACUACUACUGCGGCCCCGGCUCCGCGUCCCCCACCAACAAAUCCUGUUCCUGCUCCCCGUCCUGCUGCCCCUGCUAUGUAA